AUGGCUGACAGCCCCCCACAACAAGGGUGCAUACAACAGCCGCCACACCAAGACCCAUGCGACUAUGCUGAAAAUUUCUACAGAAAUUGGAAGCUCACUUUAACACGUUUUGGGCUAAUUUGGAAGCUAAGAAAGGGGCAACCCAGAUGCAGCCUCCAGGCGGUUAACAGAGAAGCGAGCGUCAGAAUGGCUAAAAUGCCUCAAACACAAGCAGCACAUACCCACUCUGCUGACCUACCUGGGCCGCAAACCACCAAACAAGCCUCCCUCACUCACCCACCUGGGAAGUCAGCUCGAUGUCGUUUGGACCCAACUGGCAGUCACAUAUGGCCAAGACAGCUAAAACACAACUUGAGGGAGGCGACAAACAGGUCUACUGCAGAGCGGAGGGAGACAAGCCCUAGGAUUGCUAAGCGGGAAGCAGGAGAUGAAGAGGCAUGGAAGAAGUCAGGGAGGCCGCAAAGUUUCCCGAUCACCACAUUAACAGCCUUCAAGCUGCUGGGCUGGCGGAGUUAUGCAAGACGCACCUCGGUGAACUGUGCAUGCAUGGCAGGUUAA